UUGCCGGAAAUGGGGAGAAAAGUCAAAAAAAAAAAAAAAAAAAGGCAAGCGUCUGAAAAGUCUUUGUUCUUCUCCUCGUUCUUGAGUACCUAAACAUUCCUGACAUUAUAACACAAAUGAUGCUAGCGAGCGACUUUGAACAAACUCUUCUCAGUCAACCUCGACGCUUCCUCGAGCUAGUUUAGCUUAGCUUAGCUUAGCUUGCUAGCGGCUAACAAAGCAGAUACCAGGAAGUGUCGUGUAAAGUGUCGUGAUCGUGGCAAACAUGUGCGAAGGAGCCACGUGCGCCUACCAGGAGGAACUUUCUCCCACAAAAGAGGAGAAAAAGCAACUUCCGGGCGCAGUUUUCCAGCCUCUUUUUCAUUUCAACACAGCAGACGUCGGCGAGGAACAUCUCCCUCCCGAGCAGCAGGAGUGGCGCUCCCGGGUGAAGGAGGAGUGUCCGCAGCCCCCCCACAUCAAAGAGGAAGAGGAGGAGUACAGCAUCAGUCUGGAGGGAGAGCGUCCUGAAGAGGACCAAGUGAUUCGUGUCAUUGUGAAGAGUGAAGAUGAAGAAGAGGAGGGUGAACGAGAGGCGGAGAGACCAAGCAGCAGCUCAACUCAACACAUGACCACAGAAGGUGAUGGAGACCACUUUGGAGGAGCACAAGCGGCCUUAGCUCCACUGUCAGAUAGUGAGCACACGGCGUCUCACUCUGCUGACACUGAUGAUGAUGAUGAUGAUGAUGAUGAUGAAGACUCUAGAGCAGAUAGGACAUGUCGCAGCGACAACACGCGCUGGAAAUGCUCCGAGUGUAACAAAAGUUUUUAUGACGGCAGCACCCUGAAAAGACACAUGACCUGUCACACCGACAACAUGCACUGGAAAUGCUCCGAGUGCGAGAAAACCUUUAAGCAGAAGAGCAACCUGAAAAGACACAUGAGGUACCACACGGGGGAGAAACCCUUCAUUUGCUCGGAGUGCGACGAGAGAUUCUACGAGAAGGCCCAUUUGAUCGCCCACACCAGGCGACACAAGGGAGAGAAAGCCUUCCCCUGCCCGGUCUGUGGCAAACGCUUCUACGAGAAAGCCCGCAUGAUGGUGCACACCAGAACUCACACCGGAGAAAAACCAUACUCGUGUUCAAUUUGCGGGAAACAUUUCUCCGUGAAAGGUAGCUUGUUAAUUCACAGUAAAAUACACACCGGAGAAAAGCCUUUUAGCUGCUCGGUGUGCGAUAAAAGCUUCAUCCGGAAUGCUGGUCUGGUGGCGCACAUGAGGAGACACACGGGGGAGAAAGUGUUCAGUUGCAGGGUGUGUGAGGCAAGAUUCUCCUACAAAUACCAGGUGGACAAUCACAAGUGUGCCGGUGACAACAGCAGCCGUCAAUCAAGCUUGUUGGGCUGAGACAGGGGUGUCCAAAGUGCGGCCUGCAGGUCAUUUUUUAACAGCCUCACGGCACAUUUUAAAAAUACAAUUGACAAUUUUUUAAAACGUAAAAAGUGAUAUAAAGGAGCAAAUGGGUGAAAUGUAACAAGAACAUGUUGCAAUGUUGACUCUAAUAACACAAAGCUGCCAUGCAGGCUGUUUCUUUCCUUAAAAAAAAACUAGUGAAUAGAAAUCAAUUAUGAAUUAUUGACCUAUUCAUGGCUCUAAUUAUGUCACAUUAAAUAUUCCACUUUUAGAUAUUUUUGGGGGGCAAAUGUUGCAUAUUUUGUGUUUGCCAUGUGUUGUUUUUUUCAAAGAAGGGCCUAAAACGAACAAACAAAAAACAUAAACUACAAAAAAACUUAUAAUUGACGAAUAGAUCUCAAAUUGCUCUCAAGAUUAUUGUGUUACAAAUAAACAGUAAAAAAUAUAUAUAUAUAUUAUUUAUUUUUUAACACUUUAAUGAGUAGGACUCCUUAGGAUCAAUGUGUUUUGUUUUUAAGUGUCAUUGCACAAAAAAAGUGAAUUAAAAUCAAUGGUGUUAUGAGUUGUUGACCUUUUUUCGGCUCCAAUUGUUAUAUGAUCACAAAUAUUCCACUUAAAAAUUGUAUUGGGUGAAAAUAUUGCAUAUUUUGUGUUUUUUUUUCCAUAAAAAAACAUGGUUUUCUUUGACAAAAAGAGCAUACAACUUAAAUCUUUAAAAAUGUUGACAGAUAGACCUCAUGUUGAUCUAAAGAUUUGAAUAAUAAUAAAAAAUAAUAACACAUUUUUAACAUUUUAUUUUUACCAAAACUCUUUGGGGCCCCCGUGAUCAAGUCUGAGUGGAGGCCUAAAUGUAUAUUUUUUAGUCAUACCUAUAUUGUAUUGUUUUUUAAAAUAAAUGGCCCCCGCUUGCUUUGAUUUUUCAGUGUACGGCCCUCAGUGGAAAAAGUUUGGACACCCCUGGGCUGAGCACUGUUUGCUUCCUGUUUAAUAAUAAUAAUAAUAAUAAUAUCAACUUAGCAGAUCUCCCUUUGGUUGUUUUUGAAAUAAAAGCUUCCUUCACUGACUGAAUUUUCUUCUGAAUUCAUUCUACUUCCAAUAAAAAUGCCAACUUAUUACUUAAAAUCAACUUCAUUCUUCACUCGCUAGAAUUCAAUCAUCAAAAGAAUAAACCUGAACAAUCAACAUCUUGUCAUUUUUUAAGUGCGUAAGAAAAUAAAUUACUGUAAAUUAAUAUUUUGGUUGUUUUUGUUAAACGUUACGUAUUAAAGGCCUACUGAAAUGAGAUGUUCUUAUUUAAAGGGGGAUAGCAGCUCCAUUCUAUGUGUCAUACUUCAUCAUUUCGCCAUAUUGCCAUAUUUUUGCUGAAAGGAUUUAGUAGAGAACAUCCACGAUAAAGUUUGCAACUUUUGGUCGCUAAUAAAAAAAGCCUUGCCUGUACCGGAAGUAGCAGACGAUGUGCGUGUGACAUCACGGGUUGUGGAGCUCCUCAC